ACCUUAAUGUUUGAGCCAACCAAAUAUCUACAUUUUGAUUAUUUUUAAGUAGAUGAAAGGAAAUUCCAAUUUUUCCUAGCUGAUUUCAUUCCACCGCUUAAACGUCCAGCUCUUGUGCAAAUAUCUCCUACGUACAUCUCUCCUCCCUCUCCUUAUCCUCUCUCUCAGUCUCUCUCCAUGUUCUUAUCUGCAAUGGGCAAUUUAUUAACGCCGGCUUGGGUGGUCGGCAUCUUCUCUGCUCGAUCUCUAUCCCCAUCGCCAGCACUACUGCUGCGUGGCUCAAAUUCCAGAAUCGGCGUCAUCAUCCUCCCACGCGUCUCUCUCCCGUAGGCUUCAAUCUUCAGCCGUGAAUCUCCAGCGUGCUCUGGAUUCAGCCAUGGAGCUUAUCUCCCACCGCCGAUCGCUGAUCUUCCUGGCCGUGCCGCUCAACGUGUGAAGAAAAAUCCCACCGCCCGGCCGUCGUUAUUUCCAGUGCGCGCUGCUCUUCUUCCAGCCGGCGCUCGCCCUGGGUCACGCCCUCGACUCCGCCCGGCGCCCGGCGCUCGGACCACGCCCCUCUGCUCGCUUGUUCCAGAUCACCCAUGCCGCGACCCCCAGUUUCCUCCCAUGCCAGCGCAUCUCCCAUCCCCUGUGUUUCCUCUCUGCUGAGCUCCCAUGGCAGUUCUCUAGAGCUUCCUCGCCGCGCGCAGCCACUCCCUUCUCUCUCCUGCUCCCUCGCCGGCGUACCUCCCUGCGUGCUCCUCCCGUGCAGCUCGCCUAGCUCCCUCAAGCUUCUUAGUUCGUCCGCCCGCGAACGCCCAUGGCGCGGUCGCUUCUCUGUGCACGCGCCGUCGCCCUGAUUUCCUGCUCCCUGGCUCCAACUCAAGUUCGCUUGACCGCGCGUGUCCCUGCGCCGCACCCUGAAGCCUCCUGCUCUGGCGCCCAGCUCCCUGCGCCGAGCGCUUCUUCUUUCCCUGCGCCCUCCCCUUGCUUCUCUCUUCCAGCUCGUUCAGCCAGCGAGGUCCCUCCCAGGUCUACCUGCUCGCAGUGCCUCUGGUUCCGGCUGCAGUUCGGUGCUUGGAGCUCCCUGUCCGUCCUUUCUGCCGAGCGAUUUUCUUGCGCGCGCGCGCAGCUCUGGCUCGUUCCCCAUGGUGGCCGCGGUGCCUCUCUGCCUGCUGGAACUUCCUUGUCCGCGAACUCCUCCCGUCCGUGCCAGUCGCCGUUUCUAAGAUCGGUUCCAAGCCGCAGUGUGCCCAGCUGCUUCUUCCUCUUCCCAUGGCGUCCAUCUUCCUCGGCUCCUUUCAGCUCGGAUCCCUGCGCGCGGAGUUUUUCCCCUAGCCAAGAUCGUCCUUGCGCGCUGCCGUCGCCUAGUUCGCGUCCCGCUCUUGCUCCAGCUAUGGCGUUUCGUCGUCGCAGUUCCCUGUCCUCUGCGCGCCCUGCUUUUUGUGCGCGCGUGCUCGCCGUCUCUGUUCCAGCCGUCCGCACAAUUUUCUCUGCUCCCUUGCCAUGGUCGUCGCGUGUCUGCGCGCAGCUCGCUGAGUUCGGUCUCUGUUCUUCCUGCGCCCAAUCCAUGCCCGCGCUUUGCUUUCUACGCGCUGGCCACAGCUCAGAGUUUCCCUGCGUGAUGUCACAAAAACCGCUUAUUGUUGAUGUCGCGCUUCGUGCAUCGUGUGCUCGACGGAGGUCCCAAGCCUGUUGACAGCACACGCGCAAGCUGACGCGUGAGUUGCAGAAUCGGGUGCGAUCCUGCGCUAUGAAUCCGUCAUGACGUCGGGUGGCGAGGAGAUGGAAAGUCGGUCAGUUUUCAGUCAGAUCCAAUGGUGGAACAG